AUGCAGCAUAACCAACAAAACUUCGACCCAAACCAGGGUCAGGGCCAGAAUGGCCAAGGCGGCCAGGGGGCUGCCGGACGACGUCUACACAUCGCUCACCGGCGCAGUCCGAGUGAGAUGACACCGUUGAUGAUGGAGCAACUCGCGCUCGCCCAGCAGAUCGAGAUGCUUCAACAGCAACAACAGCAGAUUGCUGCUACCCACCAGCAGUAUGUCAAUAUGGGCAUGAUACAACCCCAACAGCAACUGCCCAAUCAAUUCCAGCAGAUGCAAGGUCAGAUGCAGGGCCUCAACAUUGCGUCCAACCCCAAUGCCUUUCAGUUCCAGCAACAGCCGAUGGGUAGUAUGGGUGGCGGCCAGCACCUUGGCAUUCCUGGCAUGUCGGGUGGCAUGGGUGGUGCAUCAGCUCAUCGUCGGAACCAGUCGGCAAUGCCGAAUAUGGGCAUGGGCAGCAUGGGACCACCACCUGCACCCUCAAGUGGUGCCUCCGGCUCAGCGUUUGGCGACUUCAGUUUCCCUCAGGCGCAGCAGCAGACCAGAGCAGAGAACAGCGCUCCUCGUGGUGGUGGGCGAGGUGGUGGUGCGGCAGGAGGUGGACAUGCGCGAAGACACUCCCUUGCUUUACCCGAGGCGAAGAAGGCUGCUGAGCUAGCAGAGGCGAAACGAAAGACUAGUGGCUUUCAGUUUCCCGUGCCUAAUGCUGGCGGCGAAUCACCUUCCACAAGCCAUCGAUCGGUCAGUCCUGGCCAAGCGCCACCAUCCGACACACUCCAAACACCACAGUCUACCACCACACCGAGAGGUGGCUUCGGCGGACGUGGUCAUGGUCGCAGCCAGUCGAUGGCUGUAGGUGGUCGUGGCAUGGCAGCCAGCUCUCGGGGUGGACCCACUGGCUUCUCAUUCCCUGCAGCACAAGCAACCAAUGACGGUGGGGCCAACACCUCCGAUCUUGGUCGUCGUGGUAGCCAGGGACAUGGCAGGACCCAAUCGCGAAAUUUCGAAGGCAACUGGCGUGCUCAGAGCAACAACCCGCAGCAGGCUCCGAUCAUCAAUGAGCCAAACGACCAGAACUUUGGCAACUUCCAGAUGAAUCAAGCCACGACGGCGCAGCCUUUCCAGCCUGGUCAUCGCCAGCGUGGCUCAAUGGCUGCUGCGUCCAUGAGCAGUCUUGGCGGCUUCCAGUAUCAGCCUCAGCCUCAGCUCGUGCAGCUCCCGCAAGGCCAAGUGCUUGUUCAGCAGCCGGCCAUGUUCAAUGGCCAGCAAUUGAGCGCCCUCCAGCUCGCACAGCUGCAAGCCUAUCAGCAAGCGGGCAUCCAACCACCCAGCAUUGCCCAGUUGACUGGUCAGCACAAUGGGCCGAACUUCCCGAACCAGCAGCAACAACAGCGCAAGACCUUGUUCACACCCUACCUGCCCCAAGCUACUCUGCCAGCUCUUCUUGGAGACGGUCAGCUGGUGGCCGGUAUUCUGCGUGUCAACAAGAAGAAUCGCAGCGAUGCAUACGUCACGACUACUGAUCUCGACGCAGACAUCUUCAUCUGCGGCAGCAAAGACCGCAACCGUGCCUUGGAAGGCGAUCUUGUCGCAGUCGAGCUCCUGGACGUCGACGAGGUAUGGACGCAGAAGCGCGAGAAAGAGGAGAAGAAGAAGCGCAAGGACGCCACGGACCAGCGUAGUGGCAGUGUUACGGCAGUCAAUGAUGCUACUACUGCUCCCGAGUCUUCUGGUGAGACUGGCUUGCGCAGACGUGGUAGCUUGAAACAGCGACCUACGCAGAAGAAAAACGACGAUGUUGAGGUUGAGGGACAGAGCUUGUUACUUAUGGAAGAGGACGAGAUCAACGACGAGCAGAAGCCGCUGUAUGCCGGUCACGUCGUGGCUGUCAUUGAGCGCAUCCCCGGACAGAUGUUCUCUGGUUCUCUCGGACUUUUACGACCAAGCAGCCAGGCUACCAAGGAGAAGCAAGAGGCUGAACGUCAACAACGUGAGGGUGGCAACCACCGUCCUGAGCGUCCGCAGGAACGCCCGAAGAUUGUCUGGUUCAAGCCUACCGACAAGCGUGUGCCACUGAUUGCCAUCCCGACUGAACAAGCGCCACGAGAUUUCGUCGAGCGUCACCAAAGUUACGCCAACAAGAUCUUUGUGGCGUGCAUCAAGCGAUGGCCAAUCACCUCGCUUCAUCCCUUCGGCACUCUUGUCGAGGAGCUUGGAGAGGCCGGCAACCUCAAAGUUGAGACCGAUGCUCUUCUCCGCGACAAUAACUUCGGACCCGACGACUUCUCCGAUGCCGUCGUUAAGAACAUCGGCUUUGAAGACUGGUCCGUUGCAAAUGAUGGCGAGACAGCACUCGAGGGCCGCCGUGACUUCCGUGAGGAUAAGACUUUCACGAUCGACCCCAACGGCAGUAAGGAGCUCGACGAUGCUCUGCACUUCAAGGAUCUUGGUGACGGUCUCGUCGAGAUCGGCAUGCAUGUCGCUGAUGUUGCACACUUUGUUAAAGCCAACUCGCUUGUCGAUCGCGAGGCCAAGAAGCGUGGUACCGGCGUGUACUUGAUGAAUAGAACUGUCAAUAUGCUUCCGGCUAGGCUAUCUCAGGAGGUGUGCUGCCUCAGUCCUGGCGAGGACCGCUACACUUUAUCUGUUGUGUUCAAGAUCAAUUCGGCAACCGGCCGUGUUAUUGAUGAUGAGACUUGGGUUGGCAAGGGUGUCAUCCGAAGCGAUGGCAAGCUGGCAUAUGAGGAGGUAGACGCUGUUAUCAAUGGCGGCAACUCUUCCUUGCCCGAAGACCGCCAGAAGCAGAUCCUCAUGCUGCACAACAUCACGCAGAAGUUCCGUCAGGUUCGCUUCGGUGGCGACGAGGUCGUCAGUCCACCAUUGCGUCUUGUAUACCAGCUCGACGACGAGAAUGUCCCGGUCGAGCAGAACAUCUUCGACAGUAGCCCGAGCCACGAGAUGAUUGAGGAGCUCAGCCACAAGACGAAUGCUUUGGUCGCUGAGAAGAUAUUCCAGGCCAUGCCUGAGCGUGCACUUCUUCGUCGUCAAGCCAGCCCGAACCCAAGGCGUCUCCAGACUUUCGCCGAGCGCAUGAGCAACAUUGGCAUCGAGAUCGAUAUUUCCAGCUCCGCAGCACUCCAGAACAGUCUCUUCCGCAUCGAAGAUGAUGAUGUGCGCAAGGGUAUGGAGACUCUUGUCAUCAAGGCCAUGACUCGCGCGAGGUACUUUGUGCCUGGCAAGAUUCCAGACGAUUCACUUAGCCAUUAUGCGCUCAACUUGCCACUCUACACCCACUUCACCAACCCCUCUCGUCGCUACGCAGACAUUGUCGUCCAACGUCAGCUCGAAGCCGCCCUUUCCGACGGCACCGCUGAAUUCAACGAGGAUCUGGACAGCCUAGCGAAGACGGCCGAAACCUGCAACACGAAGAAAGACUCCGCUCGCGCCGCUCAAGAACAAUCUGUCCACAUCGAGUCGUGCCGCGCCAUGAACUGCAAAUCCGAAGAACAAGGCGGCGACCUCAUCUCUGUCGGCAUCGUAGUCUGCGUGUACGAGUCCGCCUUCGACGUUCUCAUCCCGGAGUAUGGUUUCGAGAAGCGCGUCCACUGCGAUCAGCUACCGCUGAAGAAAGCCGAGUUCGAUAAGAACUCCCGUCUGCUGGAACUGUACUGGGAGAAGGGCGUGCCGUCUUCGGCUUUCGUGCCGGAGGAUGAACGCCCGCAGGCUAAGAGCCAUGCCUCUUCUCACCAACAGCGUGGUAUGGGUAGUAUCUCCGGCCCGACGAGACAUCAGCCUGAGGCGCAGAAGCAGAAUAUGCAGACCGGCACUAUCGACACCAACGACGUCGACGCCCUGUUCGACGACGACGAGGAUAAUGCGAGUGAAGUAACGGACCACCACAACGCUGGCGUGGCGCUGAACGGCGACCGUGCCACACAAUCUGGACCUCCGAGCCCGUCACGCAACGGUAUGGCGCCGCAGCGCUCGAAGUCGGAUUCGAGGAUUCUGAACUCGGUUCCUGAGGGCCGAUUGACGAAUAAGGAGAAGUAUCUGGGAUACUUUGAUUUGAGGGAGGAGGGGGGGAAUUAUAUCCAGGAUGUGAGGGAGAUGAUGAGGGUACCUGUGCUGUUGAAGACGGAUUUGGGAAAGAGUCCUCCGUGA